CACGCCUCUGUGACGAUUGCGUGCAUUUCGACCGCCUGGUGUGCUUUCGCGUCCAUUUUAUCUUUGCAUCGUGUUGCAACCCGGUGUUAGCAGCAGCACCUUGCUAGGCUGUUUGUGUGUUCCGCCCGUAAACUGCACUCCUGACGUCAUAUAGAUGGUCCCGGGUUUGUUGUCGCGUAAACAUUUAGUAUCGGACAAACACAUCGAGACAACACCUAGUGUAGUAUUUAUAAGAGCAGGUGGUGAUGCUGUGCCAUCACACCUCCAUCGCCUCCAAUGUCAGAACUGGAAUCAUGGGUGAGGAGGAGACCUUGCGCUGGUUGGACCAAUGAAACCGCAGGAUAACCAUGAGGCACAGAGCCGGAUGGAAAGAGCAAGAAUGUUGGCUGACGCUGUGAGGCGGUCAAAGAAAGGAGAGACGUCUGGAAAGUCCUCGCUGCCUGUCUUUGUCUUUCCUUCGGAGUUGGUGUUCCACUCGCAACACCGGAACUCUCAUAGGAGAGUGCUGACCUUGUACAACCCCUAUACCUUCACCAUCAGCUUCAAGAUCUUGUGCACAGCUCCAUCCCUGUACAAGGUGGUGGAAGCCGAGGGACACGUCCGGGCGAAAUCUUGUGUUGACUUAGUGGUCCGUCACCUUGAUGUGUCCCAUCGCAACUGGGGCCGCAGAGACCGGUUCCGUUUGGAGAUUAAAGGAGGUGGCCUGGAGGGAGAUCGAGAGAUCUGGGCAGAGUUGAGGGCAGGAGAGCAGGAGAGAGGAGGUGGUGACGGAGAGCAGGAGGGGAGAAAGAAAACAGGCCAGCAGCAGAGAUCGUUCUCAGCUCUAGCACCUUUGUCACCUCUGCUCGUGCCCACAAAUACUGGUCUGCCGUUGCCUGUCUGCACAGCCGUCCGUAGCGUUUCUCAGUGGGUGGUGUGCACAUUCUUAGCCCUGCUGUGUGUGACCGUUCUGAUGCUCCCUCACCAUUCCGAGACCAACUCCUCAGUCCCGCAGUGCCUCCACGUCUCCACCAAUCAGAAACUGGUCUGCGCUUACACACUCGGUCUGCUCACAAUGGUGUUUUUAAGGUAGUCUCAACAAAGUGUUGUUCCUCAUCGAGUCGUCACGUGACCCGACUGGUUCUGGUUCUUGCACCAUGACUUCUGGAAGGGUCUGUUUGCUCACGAGUGGACUGGUGAUCAUCCGUCGCUGAAGUUAUUUACGUGUUUAGUUCGGUCUCAUUUCGCCUUGAUGAUCUGUGACUUCAUUUGCCUGCUACAGAAACCUAACAUAGCAACCUCAGAGUCUAAAGCAGCUAACCAUUCCUCAGAAUUAAACUGGAAACAAUAAAAAAUGUAAUCAAUCAUCAUGAUAUAAUUGACUGCUGUCUUCUUUGGGUCCAUGUUUUGCGCUAUUGAUGACCAUUCCUCCUGACAUUCCCACAUUUUCCCUCAUCAUUCC